AUGACUUACGAUAACAACGCCAAGACUGGCAAUAACUUGUCUUCUUCGGAUUCCAACACCGAUGACAUUGAAGUCGGUCGUUAUGGCCCAUUGGCCCAUAUCAACACUGCUGAAAGUCGACUUCCUGCCUUUGGAGGUGAAUUCCAACCAGGUCUUUACCGAUCGCCCAAAGACCGCAAGAUUGCCAAUCCAGCACCCCUUGGGUUGUGUGGGUUUGCUCUCACAACGUUCAUGCUCGGAUGCAUUCAAAUGAAUGUCAGGGGUAUCACUCAGCCAAAUUUCAUUGUUGGACCUGCCUUGGCCUACGGCGGACUGGUCCAGCUACUCUCUGGGAUGUGGGAAAUGGCUGCCGGGAAUACUUUCGGUGCUACUGUCCUCUCCUCCUACGGCGGAUUCUGGAUCUCCAUUGCCAUCACCUUUAUUCCCGGAGGCUUCGGUAUUAUAGGAGCCCUUGAGGAGGCUGACAAGGGUUCACCUAUCAUGUUUUACAAUUCCUUUGCCCUCUAUCUUAUGGCGUGGUUCAUCUUCACCUUCAUGAUCAUGUUGUGCACCGUCAAAUCCACAGUGGCAUUCUUCUCCCUAUUCUUCGUCGUUGACAUCGCAAUUCUUCUCAUCAGCCUAUCGUACUUUUUCCCGAACGCUCAGGACCUGCCAAAUGAAGGUCUUAUGAAAGCAGGUGGAGUCCUCGCUUUUCUGGGGGCUUUCUUGGCUUGGUACAAUGCCUUCGCAGGUAUUGCUGAUGAUAGCAACAGCUUCUUUGUUGUUCCUGUAGUUCAUUUUCCGUGGUCUGAGAAAGGGAGGAGCGCAAGACUGAGGAAGACGAGUGAGAACGUUUGA